AAUACAUUAUCUGCCCGUGCGCAUUCUGAUUCUCUAGUCUCGCCUUCGUCCGCGAUCGUCAGACGAUCGUGAGCUGUUUUAAAAUCUUCCUACGAUCGUCUCAGUAGCAAUCAAACAGUAACAGAGCGCGGAGUGAUAUUUUCCGAGAGGACCCUCGGUGUCGGCCACAGGUCCGCAGCAUCAACUAGGACGUUCCGGGUUGCUAUCAGACGCAACGCCAACGUGAGCAGUGAUAAGAAUCUUCCAUCGCCCAGAACCCGGUGCCAGAGCGCACUGAGAAGAACGAAGGGAACCGAAAAUGUCCGGUGAUACGCAACCGAAGAAGCGGAAGGAUAAGAAAAGGAAAAAAGAUGACGAAGAUAUGGUAAAGGAAACGACAGUUCAUGCCCCGAAGCAACAAUCGGCCGGUGCUGCCCAGGCCGCCAAGGAUCCAAGCGACGUGCAGAUGCACAUCCACAGUGACCAUGGAACCGGUGGGCACUGGUGUGCGAAGGUCGUCUUCUUUAUUUUGCUGGCCGGCUUGGGUGCAUUGAUUGGACUGAUCAUCAUGGAGAAUCAAGGCGUUUCAAACGAGGAUACACCGCUGUCCGAAUCCCGAUACUCGGAGUUCUUUAACGGCUGGGUCGACGAGACCCGGCAGGACGACCAUCAUCACGAGGAAAUACUGGCGGCCAUCAAUUCGCUGGAUGAUCACGACGAUCAUGAUAAUGGUGGCGCGGAGCAUGCCGUAGACGAUCACGACGAUGACGAUGAGCAUGGUGGCGAAGAUGACGAUCAUGAUGAUGGAGCUCCGUACGCGGAAGUAGAGGAUCAUGAUGACGACGACGAUGGCGCACAGGGGCAGGACGAAGAUGACGACGAUGAGGGCCCGGCACAGAAGCUAGAAGAUGAUGAGGUGGAAGAGAUUUUCGCCCAACAAGAGGCAGCUGCCCGCCAGGAGGCCUUUGCGCAGGCUCAAGACGAUGACGACGAUGAGCAGGACGAUGAUGGUGAUGGUGAUGAUGACGAUGACGAUGAUAACGAACCAAGCUUGGUGAAACCGGUGCCUGCGGAAAUUGUCAACGAUGGAAACGACAACGACGAUGACGACGACGAUAACGAUGACGAUGCAGAAAACAUUGCCAGGGAAAUCGAAGAAAUUGCUCAAGCAGAUGAUGAUCAGGAUGAUACACCAUUCGAUGAAGAGAAGCCCCCUAACGCUUUGCAUUCAAGCUUUAAUAAAAACGCACGAAUGAAAAAUUUGAAAGAUGAUGCCGCUGCCGAUCAUAUAGAAAAAUUGCUUGAUAUUGACAAGUCUGAAACGAAUGGCUUGCAAUCGGAUCAAAAGCGAGAAGCAACCGCUGAACCGCCGUCCGUGAUGCCUGUCACGGGGGAAACGCUGAAAAAUCAGAUGGACGAGUUGGUGCGAAACUAUAACAAACUUGCCCAAUCGCUAGACGUCCCGCUGGUGGAGGAAACACUCGAUGAACCCGAGAUCAAGGAAGAUACUGUAAAAGGGUCACAGCUUCGAAAGGAUGAAGAUGAUGACGGCGACGAGGAUGAAAUUGAAGAGGUAAAGCGUGGAUCAGAGCAACCAAACGCUGCUGACGACGAUGAUGAUGAUGAUGAUGACGCUGACGACGAUGGAAAUGAAGGUGGUUUUGAUGAGUUCGUCGACAACGAUGGUGGUGAGGAGGAAUAUCUGGCAAAGUUGCGUAGUGAACAGCAGCGUCGUACAGCGGCCGAAGAAGAACGCAAAUCUGCCGUCGAACCGGAAGAGGAAACUUCACAAAUCCCAACGAGGGCUGAGGAAGCUGAUCGGUCCUAUCAGGAAGAAUUAAGGCGCGCCCAGCAACAGCUCGACGAGAACCAAGCCCAACCGGCACUCGAGGCGUUCGAGCGGAUCAUCGCACGAAAAUCAAACUCCAUUGCGGCGCUAGUCGGACGGGCUCGAGCGUUGGAUGCAUUGGCCGAGCAACGGCGUAGCAAUAGCAUCCUGACAGAUGCGAUCGCUGCGUAUCGUAAGGUGAUCGUCCAGGACCUGGUGGUCGACGAUGGGACGCUGAAGGCGGUUGCCGAUCGAUGCAUCGAUCGGUUGCGGUUCCAGGGUCAGCACGCGAAGGCAAUCGAGAUUCACGAGAUACUGAUUCGACGAUUCGACGACGAACCGCACUAUCGCAAUCAGCUCGCCGUGACGUAUCUCUACAUGAACAGAUUGCCGGAAGCUAAAGCCAUCCUGCACGAAACAUUGCUCCGUUGGAUCGACGAUGGAUUCGCGCUGGUCCAUUACGGGUUUGUGCUGAAAACGCACGAUAACAACAUGGAGCUUGGAGCCCAGUACUUGCGAGAGGGUAUCGAUACGGGCCACGAAGGAACGCAGGAUGGACGGUUCUACUUUCAGCUCGGCGAUGCCCUGCAACGGCUUGGACGGAACGCGGAAGCGCUCGACAUCUACCGGAGGGGCGUGGAGAAAAAGUUAUUCCUUUCGCUCUACCAACGUUCGCUGUACAACGUGGUUGGGUUGCGAUCGCGACCCUUCUGGACGGUGGAGCAAACGACGUACGCGACCGAUCUGGAGCGCGUCCGGAGCCAGUGGACGCUGAUUCGCGACGAGGGACUAAAGCUACUGAACGCCGACGGGGUGUUUGUGAAUGAGUCAGAGAAUUUGCGCGAUCGCGGCGACUGGAAGCAGUUCGAGCUUUUCUCCCGAGGGUCGCGGCUGGAGAGGAAUUGUGCCCGAGCGCCCCUUACCUGUCGGCUGAUCGAGCAACACCUUCCGGCGGCACGUUCCUGUAAGCGGGGCCAGGUGAAAUUUAGUGUGAUGCUACCUGGGACGCAUGUGUGGCCACACUGCGGUCCGACCAACUGCAGGAUACGGGCGCACCUGGGGUUGAACGUUCCGGACGGUACCCACAUACGGGUGGCCGAAAAAACACGAUCUUGGGAGAACGGAAAAUGGUUAAUUUUUGAUGACAGUUUUGAGCACGAGGUGUGGCACAAUGGAACCACGACCCGACUGGUGCUUAUAAUAGAUCUAUGGCAUCCGGAUCUCACCGAAAGCCAGCGCCGAUCGUUAUCUCCAAUCUAGUGCACGACACUGGAGGGAAUUCUAACCAACGGUCGACGAGAAACGAGCGUGGCGUGGAACGCAGCUCUGCAUUUUACCGUACAUACAUAGAUAUAUACAGAGGGCUGACAAGCAAUAUGUGGUAGUUGUGUGUAGUAAGUUAAGUUAGAUUUUUAUUUCUUCUUCUUUGAUUCGUAGUGCUGUCUUUUAAAGAAUGCGAGUGAGUUUUGCUUUCUAUUAGAAUAGCGGUUGGCUUGAAUCCAAACCGGAGGCACAUGAUGUUUUCCAGUUGGAAGAAAGCAAUCGAAUGCUCAGAAAAUAAGUUUAGAAAAUUCUCCGGAAUCACAAGUGUAUUUUAACCAAAGGCAAAGCUAGGCAUAGAAGAACUGCAUUGGAGCGCUAGAGGCUGCAAGGCGUCCCUAUCGUCGAUCGCGUGUUACGGGUUAUCGUUAGGAAGAGUUUCAUAUGAGGAAAGACAGUGGCGUUGGGCGGAAUGGGUGGACACGGGGGCAUUCAGUGAAGACGACAUAGAAUGACGUAGUGACUGACUAGGACUAAGACUUGCUGGUAGCAGAAGUGCGGUGGGAAAGUGGGAUUAUUCGUCAUGGAAGACCGUAUUUUAGGUUGUGUAAAGCACUAGAAGACUUAACCGGAAGAGAGAAGUUAUCAAUCAAAGCAAUCAAUCAAAAUUAACGAAAAGAAAAAUUAGUACACGAUGGUGAAAAAAUGUUCUCCCA